UUUUCAGCUGCUCCCACUCGAAGCAAUGUUGCUAAGCCGGCCGCAUUUGAGACUGACGCCGUGUAAGCGGUUUCAGCUACUUGUGCCAACGGACAACCCCGCUUUCGUUACGUUGAUCCCACGAAAAAGUACCUGGAUAACUUCCUGCUUACAUCACAGCCGCAGCGUGUAUCCACGGUCCAUAAGAUCUCAAGCUUAGUCCAUCUAUCUUUCCCUUGCACCUUCGAUCCACCCUUCUUGCGGAUUGUUCUCGAUGGCGCGACCCACUAUCGUCUUUGUUCCGGGCUCAUGGCAUGGCCCAGAAUGCUUUCAACCCCUGAUGGAUGAGCUGGCCGGCCAUGGCUUCAAGACGACCGCCAUUGCCCUCCCAAGCAAUACGCUAGACACACACGCGCCGCCUGCAACGCUGUCCGAUGACACAGCAGAGGUGCGCAAAGCCAUCGAAGCAGAUCUGGAAGUGGGCAACGACGUGUGCCUGAUCGCGCACAGUUACGGAGCAGUGCCGGCAAGCAACGCCUGCCGCUCGCUAGGCAGAGACGCUCGAGCUGCAUCGGGGCAGAAAGCAGCAGUCGUCUCGUUCGUCGUCAUGACCGGUCCUCUAGUCUUCCCGGGAAUCUCAUUCGCCGGCGAUUUCGGAAACAAGCCAAGCCCCAUUCAUAAUAUCCAAUAUCCGUUCACCAAAGUGGGCGAGCCGGGGCCGGGGUACUGGUUCUAUCACGACUUGCCGGCAGAGGAAGCCAUCAAAUGGUCGCGGCGGGUCAUGACCUCGUCUUGGAAAGUGUGCGAAGAGACGAUCACGCAUGCCGCAUUUUUGGAGAUUCCUACGUGGUACCUGCUUACCACGUUGGAUAAUGCAAUACCAUUGGGUGUGCAGAAGUACUUUGUGCAACGCGCGAGGGACAAAGGUGCGCUCCUGCCGGAAUCCCAUGUUGUCGAGCUUGCGUCUGGCCACUGCCCGUUCCUAUCACAGAUCGACGCGACCAGUGCGUUCAUUCGAAAGGCGGCUGGAGAAGUCUAGAUGUGUCGAUGUGAAGCAUCGUACGUAUGAGCGUCGUAGCGCGUAACGAUGGUCUUCCAUCUCAUCACAUUCUGCAUGUUUAUCCGAGCCCUACAAUCCCCGGCCAGCCCUGGGCGCCACAUGAAGAUCUAUGUUAUCGUAGAGCGCUACUGAGGAGUGGA